CAGUUUCAAAUCAGCCAACUUCGUUAAGUAUACAGUAUUGUGGUAUGAAUUCAUGUCGGUUAACAUGGCUUCCACCUAAAGAAGGUUAUGAAUGGGGCACAUUAAUUGAAUAUCGUGUCUUAUAUUGGAAUCAAUCGACACCAAGUAUAGUGAAUGAUAUUAAAGUACUUCCAAAUGUUCAAGAGUGUUUAUUAUCACCAUUGGGCAAUGGAACUGUUUAUAAUGUAAAAGUUCAAAGUGUAUUUACUUACGGUUCAGCGAGCUCAGAGAUUAUAACAUUCAAUACUUUAACAUACUUCAAUAUUCAAUUGAUCAAUCGUUCAUAUUCAGAAAUUUCAAUUCAAUGGAAUUUCAAUCAAACAGCACCAAUGUUUAGUAUCUCUGUAGAAAUGAUUGAAACGUUACUUCCAUUUACUCCAGUAUUUUCAAAGCGAAUUUUCAGAUUAGUAAAUGAUGGCAGUGGUAUUCAUCAAUAUAAACUUACCAAUUUACCUGCUAGUUCUCGAUUUCGAAUUAUUGUCGAUGCGAUUGGAACAAAUAAUACAUCAAUUGGAUCAUCAUUUUUGAAUGUAUGGACAAGUCCUGCUCCUUUUCAAAAUUCAAGAAAUUUCACUUUUAAUCCAUUAGUUCCAGUAUUCACUGGUUCAUUAUUAGUAAAUGUAAAAUUUCCAACAGUCAGUGGUUAUGAAGGUGGUCCAUUGAAUGGUUUUUAUAUUGUUGUUGAGAAAAGUUCAACUACUAAUCGUGUACGACGUUCAGCUUUGAGUCGAACACAACUUGGUCUAUCAAAUAAUACAAAUAUUGUUUAUUAUUCCAAUAUUAUUAAUCCAUCAGAGAUGAUUAUCAUAGGAUCAGGUCAAGUGAUGAACGCCUCGAAUGUAACCAUUUCUAAAAUUGGUUAUAUAAAUCCACCAUUAGAACCAAAUAAUACGUAUACAAUGUAUGCAAUUGUUCAAAGUGAAGUCGAUGGAAUAAGUGAAAUUGCACGUUCACCUUCAGUUGUUUUCUUAACUACUGGUAACAAUUCAAUUAUUCCAGCAACAGCAUCUAUACAAGACAAGCAAACUGAUUCGAAUAAUACACUUGCUAUUGUUUUAGGCAUUUUACUUGCUCUUAUUCUUUUAGCUUUAAUUGCACUUAUUGUGUAUUGUAUUUGUCGAGGAAAAUGUCAGUCUGGUCGAUAUAUGUUCCGCAAUUAUUUAAAAGAUUCAAAUGUGUCUUUCGAACAAAAACCUUAUUUAUUGCCUGACUCUUAUGCUUGGUGGAGUAUACCAAAAGAAUUAGGUGAACCACGAUAUUUAAUCAUUGAUCCAGUACAUGGACCUUCACGUACAUUAGUUGGAACAUGGCCUUUAAAUGAACUAUUAAAAACAUUUUCACUUGAAUAUUCAAGUAUUCCAUUAGGUGUAAAAUUUUCUCAAUCUAUUGGGAAUUUAAAAAUGAAUCUAUCAAAAAAUCAUGAUCAAACAAAUCUACCUUAUGAUCAUAAUCGUGUUACAUUGGAUCGAUUAAAUGAUUCCACUGCUGAAAGUGAUUACAUCAAUGCUAGUUUUAUUGAUGGUUAUAUGCGUAGACGUGCUUAUAUAGCAGCUCAAAGUCCAUUUGACAUGUCUACUGUACAAGAUUUCUGGUUAAUGAUAUUUCAAUGUAAUAUUGCACAAAUUGUAAUGCUUACUAAUUCUAUUGAAGAUUCAACACUUAAAUGUUAUCAAUAUUGGCCUGAAAUGUCAACACGAUCCAACACAAAUCAAUCGGAUUCAAAGUGUCCAAGUCAAUAUUUCGGUAAUAUCAUGGUAGAAAUAACUGAUCAAAUUGAUUAUCCACAUUUUACUGUACGUUAUUUCAUAAUAACUGAAUUAUCAUCUAAUUUAAGUCAACAAGUUGUACAAUAUCAAUUUCAUAGUUGGAUAACACCAGAUCAUGUGAAUAAUAAUAAGCCAACUUAUUAUACAAAUGAUAAUUGUACCAUUGAAAAUGAUUGUAAAUUUAAUAUAUUAUCUGGUAAUGAUGUAUUAAGAACUACUACACAAGAUUUAUUUUGUCGUACAACAAAUUAUGGAACAAUAUUUAAUCGAUUAAAUUUUAUUGAUUUCUAUUAUCGUGUUAAAACUGCUAGUCGUCCAGAAGAUGGUCCACUUCUUAUUCAUUGUUCCACAGAUUUAUCUCGUACAGGAUUGUAUAUAGCCUUUGAUUUGUUACUACAACAAGCUACACAUGAACGAGUUGUUAAUGUGGCUAAAUUUUGUUCAUCUUUAUGUAAGGCUCGAUCGAAUAUGAUUCAUUCAAUGAGACAAUUCACUUUACUGUAUGAUUUAUUAUUUGAAGUUAUAUUAGCUGGUCAUUGUAUUGUUGACUUGGAUGUGUAUAGUACUUAUAAAAUGUUAUGCCGUAAAAAUACAAAAAUUAAUCGAUCUUAUUUAUGGGAACAAUGGUCUGUGUUACAUUUGUACACACCAUUAUUUGAUAUAAAUAUCAAUUUUGAAGUUGCUUUGGAUUCUUCCAACACAAACAAGAACCGUUAUCCUGAUGUUAUCGACCUGCUUCCAUCUGAACAUUGCCGCGUUCGACUACAUCGUACAACAAAUAGCAUUCAUGAUGAUUCACCCAUUUCAGAUUACAUUAAUGCUUUCUAUUUGGAUGGUGCAAGUCUACGCGAUGAUAUUGUCAUAACACAAACUCCUUUAAAAAAUACAGUAGAUGAUUUUUGGUGUAUGAUUGAAGAAGAACAAGUUUCAUGUAUCAUUGAUAUGGAGCCAUUUUCUUAUGGUAUCGAAGAAGCUGUUGAAUACUGGUCUUUUAGUUUGGGUGAAAAUAACUCAUAUUCAUUAUUUGGAGGUUCAUUCAAUGAAGAACUAAAAAGGAUUGAUAUUCAUUCAGAUUUUAGUGAAACAUUCUCCUUUCGACGUGGACCAUGGUUAGAUUUUGUGAAUGGACAAAUACAAAUCUGUCAACUUGGUUCAUUAAUCCCGAUUCCAGUAAAUCCAGUUUCUUCGAACAGAAAUUCGCAUCAUGAAAUAUAUAAACGACGUCUACUCAUUCGUCAACGUGAAGUUGAUGAUCAUUCGAAACAAAACAGUUAUCGACAAUUUAAUGAAAAUAAAAAAUUUAAACCUCGUGAAAUUUCAGUCUUUCAUUUUACUGGUAGUUGGAACGACAAAAUGAAUGUACCUGAAUCACGUACAGCCAUUGUUCGUUUAUUAGAAAAAGUACGUUUGGAACGUGGUACCGGUCCAUUGAUUAUUCAUUGUUUAAAUGGAGCUACUCGAAGUGGUCUGUUGGCUGUAUGUUAUGUAUUGGCGGAACGUAUGACAAGAGAUCAUUAUGUUGACUUAUUUCAUGUGAUAAAAAUGGCUAAAAUACGUAGAAAAGCCAUAUUAGAAUCACCGGAUCAACUUCGUUUUGUGUAUCGUUUCUUAAUUCAAUGGAUUAAAUUCACAUUAGCUGAACCAUUAGCUAAUUGGACUUUAAAACGAUCCAGUUUAUCAAUGCCAUUGUCAUCUUCAGAAGUAGCAUUGAAACAACAAUGGGAAUGUUCACAACAACUUGUCGGACAUCUACCUCCAGAUUCACGUGUUGGCAUUUUUUCACAUUGUCAACUACCAAUAUUAGGUGGAGAUUGCUUCAAUGGGAAUAAAUCAUUUUUGCGAAUGAGCAAUCAUAGUCUCGGUGUGCUUAGUGGCGGUGGUGAUACACAGUCGAUAAAUUAUACCGAUGAAGAUUAUGAUCCAAAUGAAAUGCCCAUACAAUCAAUAUUGUAUCAUUAUUUCACUGAUGAAAUUUUAGCUAAUUCUCAUUUCGAUGAUGAUCAAUUACAAACGAAAUCAAUCAUGAUGAUGACGACGACGACGACAAAGAACAGUAUUCAUAAUCCUUAUUGCUAUUGAUGAUAUCAGUUAGUUUGACUUGGUUUUUGUUUAUUAAAUUUUUUUCUAUUUAGUAAUACUUGGUAUGUCUUGUGACCAAUGGAAGUGAAGUGUUAUUGACC